AAAUCUGAGUAUGAAAAAUUCCCGUUCGGUCUAACUUUGCGCCCUGAAGUCGAACUUUCGGUUAUUGUUCCCGCUUUUAAUGAGUCACAAAGACUUCCCAAGAUGAUGGAGGAGGCUCUUGCCUAUUUAACAUCACGUAUGGUGGCUCAACCGAAAUUCUCCUUUGAAAUCAUUGUUGUUGAUGAUGGGAGCAUCGAUGAUACCUACCAGGUUGCAUUAUCGUACUCUGAGAAGUAUACCGUCAAUGUCGUACGUGUAUUGAGGCUUGCGCGAAAUCGGGGGAAGGGUGCUGCAGUGCGCACUGGUAUGCUUUCCGCUCGGGGCAAGUUUCUGCUGUUUGCUGAUGCAGAUGGUGCUACGCGCUUUCGGGACAUUGAAAAACUCGAAAAGCAAAUGGCAUUUAUGAUAGCAUCAAAAUGGGAUGGGCGAAUGGCAGUUAUCUGUGGUUCUCGGGCUCACUUACAAUCAGAGGCAACUGCUAAAAGAAGUCCGCUGCGUAAUCUUCUAAUGUAUGGUUUUCAUUUUGCGGUGUGGCUGUUAUGCGUUCGUGGCGUUAGAGACACCCAAUGCGGUUUCAAACUAUUUAGCCGUCGAGUAGCUCGUCUUCUUUUUAUGAACCAACACGUCGAACGUUGGGCGUUCGAUGUGGACCUUCUCUACCUUGCCCGACAUCUCUCUGUUGAAAUAUGUGAGGUCCCGGUCAAUUGGCAUGAAGUCGACGGUUCAAAAAUCGUUCCAGUAUUCUCAUGGAUGCAAAUGGCUAGGGAUUUACUUCUCAUACGCUUACGCUACGGUCUCGGAGCGUGGAAAAUUGAACAGUCGCACCACCUCGAGUGA